UGUUGCGUAGUCUGUUGCAGUUAUCUUGCAGUCAUCUAGCUAGCCUUGAUAAUGAGCGGUGAAAAGGGCGAGCUUGCCGGAGGUGCGGUGUGCAACCGUCUUGCCGACGUCAAGGACUGCGAAUCGGGACGAAAGAACGGUGCGUUUCUAGCUCCAGCCACUGCGGCCCUAUCGCAGUCGGACGACGCUGAUAGUCCGUCUCCGGACGUGCAAACGAAAAAGCGACGCAGACUGAGACUGAAGGUCUUCCGACGCUUUGUACAGCGCGCUCUGCACUUUGUCGUUCCGACACACGAGUCGCGAUCGAAAGGCGAGCAGCAGCAUCAGCAGCAGCAGCCUCCGCGGGGCAGCAGCGAUGAUUAUGGUGGCGCCGGUAGGCGUGGAAACGAGCGAACGUUCGGAGAAACGGCGCUCUCUCGACGAGUUCUAGACCCAAAUGCACCCACACCGGGCGUCGCAGGCCUCAGCAACCACGGCAAUACGUGUUUCAUGAACGCCGUCUUGCAGUGUCUGAACAACACGGACAGUCUGGCCGAGUACUUCGUUAUGGAUCUAUGCAAGAGCGACAUGGAGGCGAAGAGGCAGGCGAGGCGAUCGGGCGGUUGCGGCGAGGUGACGGAGCAGUUGGCGGUGCUGAUGAAGAGUCUCUGGUCGUGUUGUUACACGCCGCGCGUCACUGCCGAAUUGAAGCAACUGAUUGGGCGGCAGGCGCCGCAGUAUAGGGGAUACGCGCAGCACGACGCGCAGGAGUUUCUGCUGUGGAUAUUGGACAAGGUGCAUGAGGACCUCAAUCGUGUGGUCAAGAAGAAGUAUUGCUGUCUCAAGGAUGUACCUGGGAGACCUGAUCAUGAAAUAGCUGCUGAAGCAUUAGCUAAUCAUCGACGCUGCAAUGAUAGUUUUGUGUCUGAUCUUUUCCAAGCACAGUAUAGAUCAGAACUGACAUGCCCGGUCUGUCACCAAAGAUCGGUUACCUUUGAUCCUUUCCUCUGCAUUUCUCUGCCUCUCCCACAAUGUCGAAAGAUGGCUAUCGACGUCACUGUAGUCUACCGAGAUCACGACCGAGCUGAUUUGCAACUUGUUGCCACUGUAGAUGUGUCUAGGACUAUUGAAGACCUUCGGAUGGAGAUUUCUCGUUUAGCAAGCAUUCCUUUUAGUUUUAUUGUGCUCACUGAGGUGUAUGACAGUGGCUUUGAUCGAACAUUUUUUGAUACCAAUUCUGUGUCAACCAUUCGUGAGGGCGACAACAUUGUUGCAUUUGAAGCUCGAUAUCAAAAGUCGAAAUCGUCAACGCGGAGUCUGGCGUCACUUGUAUCAACCAGCAGUGCUGGAUCUCGGAGAAGUAGCUCAGUUCGUGAGACACUUUUGAUUUUGCUUAUUCAUCAGUUAUUUGACACAGACAAUGCUCAGAGUUUGUUUGGCUCGAUGAGCGUACUUCGGGUUUACCGAGACAUUAGCUUUUUGGAUCUACAGACAGUUAUCUUGAAACUUAUGGCAAAGCAUCUCAGGGGUGGAGAAGUUACUCAGACAAUGAAACAAACACUCAUGCUGAGGCUCAGUGUUGUGGAUGGUGUUCAUACGAAAUCAUAUCUUCCUCAUGAUCUUGAUCAUCCUCUUUUUACAACAAUUAUUGAUAGGGCGAAAGCGUUAUGCACACCUGGAGGUGGACCGAGUCAUGUUAAGAUGAUGGUUGAGUGGAGUCAGCAGCUUAAAUCGAGUUUACUGGCCGCUGUUCCCAUUAUCGUUCCACAAGAACAUGACAGUGUAUCCCAAAUUAAGCAAGCUUUGUAUCAACCUGAUGAAGUAAAGCUAGAAGAAUGCUUCCACUUGUAUACAAGCGAAGAAAGACUCGGAUCUAGUGAUUCUUGGUAUUGUCCCAACUGUCGACAACAUCAACAAGGCACUGUGAAAAGACUAAGCCUUUGGACCUUGCCUGAAGUUCUUGUCAUACAUUUGAAGAGAUUCAAACAGGUGUCUUCCAUGCGACGAACUAAACUGCACACUCUGGUCAAGUUUCCAAUCACUGACCUAGAUAUGACUUCUCAUGUAGAGGGCGGCUCACCCACUGGAGACAGAGUCUCAGAAGGUGAUGAAAAUAUAUAUGACUUGUAUGCUGUGUGCAAUCAUCAUGGUGGCAUGGCCGGCGGCCACUACACAGCCUUCUGUCUCAAUCCUGUCAGCAAUCAGUGGCAUUCAUAUGAUGAUCAGUUUAUUCAGCCAUUAAAGGAGUCUGCUAUCAUAUCUCGUGGUGCUUAUAUUCUUUUCUAUAUUAAGCGUAAUCCGAAUUCUGCGAACACCGCAAAACAGUUCCAACAUUGGGUUGAUCAGAUGCCUCAAUUCAACUUACUUCCAGAAACUGCAGUCAAAGAAUCUGGUAACAGUAAUGCUAGUCAUGAGUUAGUCGAAUCAGCUGUUUAAUAAUACAGCAGCUGUAUCCUCUUCAUUAGAUGUACAAAUUGCUGAUGCUGAGUUACCUGUGUGUAAAAAAUUGUAAAUGAACCGGUUCAUAUACUCUGCUACGCUUGUAAUCCCAAGUCUAUGCUUAUUAUAUAGAAUUAUAUGUUGUCUAUUGUUCUCUACAAUAAUUUACUGAUGUGGUGGAAUGUAUAA